GCGGCGGCGCGUCACGCUCUCCCCCGCCCCGAGCCGACGAGCCGGGAGGCGGCAGCCGUGCUGCUGCUGCUGCUGCAGUGAGGCAGGUGGCGACCGAGGCUGCGACCGAGGCGGCGGUCGGAGGUUAGUGCAGUGCUUGGCCAGUAAGAGCUCGAUUUAACCCCCAGACUGACUUCACUAUAGAAACACCCACAGUUGUACCAAUGGUUGGGAGAAGAUAGUGACAACAGGAAAAGGCCUAGCCACUCUGCAUACCGAGGACAAUGAGCACGCUGAAACCCAGCGGCCUGAAGGUCCCUACCAAGAUCCUCAAGCCUGGAAGCACAGCCUUGAGGACACCUGCUGCUGUUGCAGCUCCAGUAGAAAAAACAAUAUCCAGUGAAAAAACAUCAAGCGCUCCAUCCUCGGAGGCACAAGAGGAGUUUGUGGAUGACUUUCGAGUUGGCGAGCGAGUUUGGGUGAAUGGAAACAAGCCCGGAUUUAUCCAGUUUCUGGGAGAAACCCAGUUUGCACCAGGCCAGUGGGCCGGCAUCGUUUUAGAUGAACCCAUAGGCAAGAAUGAUGGUUCAGUGGCAGGAGUUCGGUAUUUCCAAUGUGAACCUUUAAAGGGCAUAUUCACCCGACCUUCAAAGUUGAUGAGGAAGGUGCAGGCCGAAGAUGAAGCUAACGGCCUGCAGACGACUCCCGCUUCCAGAGCGACUUCGCCUCUGUCCCCUUCUGCAGCCAGCAUGGCGUCGUCCUCCCCAGCCCCAGCCAUCCCCUCAAGCAUUCCUCAGAAAUCGUCCCAGGCCACAGCCAAGGAAGCUUCAGCUACACCUCAUAUCAGCAACCUUACAAAGACUGCCAGUGACUCCAUCUCCAACCUUUCAGAGGCUGGCUCAGUCAAGAAAGGAGAAAGAGAGCUCAAAAUUGGAGACCGAGUAUUGGUUGGUGGCACUAAGGCUGGUGUAGUCCGGUUUCUCGGGGAGACAGACUUUGCCAAGGGGGAAUGGUGUGGUGUGGAGUUAGACGAGCCUCUCGGGAAGAAUGACGGGGCCGUUGCUGGAACCAGGUAUUUUCAGUGUCAACCCAAAUACGGCUUGUUUGCUCCUGUCCACAAAGUAACCAAGAUUGGCUUUCCUUCUACGACGCCAGCCAAAGCCAAGGCCGCUGCUGUGAGGCGAGUGAUGGCGACCACGCCCGCCAGCCUGAAGCGCAGCCCUUCUGCCUCCUCCCUCAGCUCCAUGAGCUCGGUGGCCUCCUCCGUGAGCAGCAAGCCCAGUCGGACAGGAUUAUUGACCGAAACCUCCUCCCGUUACGCCAGGAAGAUCUCCGGGACCACUGCCCUCCAGGAGGCCCUGAAGGAGAAGCAGCAGCACAUUGAGCAGCUGCUGGCUGAACGGGACCUAGAGAGGGCGGAGGUGGCCAAGGCCACGAGCCACGUGGGGGAAAUAGAGCAGGAGCUAGCUCUGGCCCGGGAUGGACACGACCAGCAUGUCCUGGAAUUGGAGGCCAAGAUGGACCAGCUGCGAACAAUGGUGGAAGCAGCUGACAGGGAGAAGGUGGAGCUGCUCAACCAACUUGAAGAAGAGAAAAGGAAGGUUGAGGACCUUCAGUUCCGGGUUGAGGAAGAAUCAAUUACUAAAGGAGAUCUUGAGCAAAAGAGCCAGAUUUCUGAAGAUCCUGAGAAUACGCAGACCAAACUGGAGCAUGCCCGCAUUAAGGAGCUUGAACAGAGCCUGCUCUUUGAAAAGACCAAAGCUGACAAACUCCAGAGGGAGUUAGAAGACACUAGGGUGGCUACAGUAUCAGAAAAGUCUCGUAUAAUGGAACUAGAAAAAGACCUAGCAUUGAAAGUACAGGAAGUAGCUGAGCUGCGAAGAAGGCUAGAGUCCAAUAAGCCUGCUGGGGAUGUUGAUAUGUCACUGUCCCUUUUGCAAGAGAUAAGCUCUUUGCAAGAAAAGUUAGAAGCCACCCACACUGACCACCAGAGAGAAGUUGCUUCUCUGAAGGAGCAUUUUGGAGCCCGGGAAGAAACGCAUCAGAAGGAGAUGAAGGCUCUUCAGGCUGCCACAGAGAAGCUUUCCAAAGAGAACGAGUCCCUGAGAGGCAAGCUGGAGCAUGCCAACAAGGAGAACUCGGACGUGAUUGCGCUGUGGAAGUCCAAGCUGGAGACGGCCAUUGCGUCCCACCAGCAAGCAAUGGAGGAGCUGAAGGUGUCCUUCAGCAAGGGCGUUGGAACGGAGACAGCCGAACUGGCCGAGUUGAAAACGCAAAUAGAGAAAGUGAGACUGGAUUACCAGCACGAAAUAGAGAAUUUGCAGAAUAAACAUGACUCGGAACGGUCAGCUCAUGCCAAAGAGAUAGAAGCCGUCAAGGCUAAGCUGAUGAAGGUCAUUAAAGAGAAAGAGAACAGUCUGGAAGCCAUCAAAUCGAAACUGGACAAAGCAGAAGACCAGCAUCUAGUAGAAAUGGAAGACACCUUAAACAAAUUGCAGGAAGCUGAAAUAAAGGUAAAGGAGCUAGAGGUACUACAAGCCAAAUGCAAUGAACAAACCAAGGUUAUUGAUAAUUUUACAUCACAGCUCAAGGCUGCUGAGGAAAAGCUCUUGGAUCUUGAUGCCCUUCAGAAAGCCAGUUCCGAAGGUAAAUCGGAAAUCGAGAAACUUAGACAGCAGCUUGAGGCAGCUGAGAAACAGAUUAAAAAUUUAGAGGUUGAGAAGAAUGCUGAAAGUGGCAAGGCUAGUAGCAUUACCAAAGAGCUGCAGGGAAAAGAGCUAACGCUUAAUAACCUUCAGGAAAACUUAAGUGAAGUCAGUCGAAUGAAAGAGGCUUUGGAAAAAGAACUUCAGAUUUUGAAAGAAAAGUUCUCUGGUGCUUCAGAGGAGGCGGUCUCUGUCCAGAGAAGUAUGCAAGAAACUGUAAAUAAAUUACAUCAAAAAGAGGAGCAGUUUGAUGCGCUGUCUUCUGAAUUGGAGAAGUUGAGAGAAAAUUUAACAGAGAUGGAGGCAAAAUUUAGAGAGAGAGGUGAAAGAGAAGAGCAACUGAUGAAGGCGAAAGCAAAACUGGAAAACGACAUUGCAGAAAUAAUGAAGAUGUCAGGAGAUAAUUCUUCUCAGUUGACCAAAAUGAAUGACGAAUUACGUCUGAAAGAAAGAAAUGUAGAAGAAUUACAGCUAAAACUUACAAAGGCGAAUGAAAAUGUAAGCUUUCUGCAGAGAAGUAUUGGGGAAGUAACUUUCAAAGCUGAACAGAGCCAGCAAGAAGCAGCUAAAAAACAUGAGGAAGAAAAGAAAGAAUUGCUGGAAAAAUUGUUGAACCUGGAAAAGAAGAUAGAAAUGAGCCACAACCAGUGUCAAGAUCUGAAAGCCAGGUAUGAAGAAGCAAGUACUGAGACCAAGGCGAAACAUGAAGAAGCCAUGCAGGACCUACAGAAAGUGCUCUUGGACUCAGAGGAGAGGCUGAAGGCUGCACGAAAGGAGAACAGUGACUUGUUGCAGGAGAUGGUGGAACUGAAAAAACAAGCUGACGAAGCCAAAGCUGCUCAAACAGCAGAAGAUGCCAUGCAGAUAAUGGAACAGAUGACCAAAGAGAAGACCGAAACUCUGGCCUCCUUGGAGGAUACCAAGCAAACAAAUGAAAAACUACAGAAUGAAUUGGAUACACUUAAAGAAAACAACUUGAAAAAUGUGGAAGAGCUGAACAAAUCAAAAGAACUUCUGACUGUAGAGAAUCAAAAAAUGGAAGAAUUCAGGAAAGAAAUAGAAACCCUAAAGCAGGCAGCCGCUCAGAAGUCCCAGCAGCUUUCAGCAUUGCAAGAGGAGAACGUGAAACUUGCCGAGGAGCUGGGGAGAAGCAGGGACGAAGUCACGAGUCAUCAAAAGGUAGAAGAGGAGAGAUCUGUGCUCAACAAUCAGUUGUUAGAAAUGAAAAAGAGCUUGCCCAGUAACACUUUAAGAGAAUCCAAGUUAAUAAAAGACACAGAUGAAGAAAAAGCUUCCUUGCAGAAAUCCAUCAGUAUUACUAGUGCCUUACUCACAGAAAAGGAUGCAGAGCUGGAGAAAUUGAGAAAUGAGGUCACGGUGCUCAGGGGAGAGAACGCCUCGGCCAAGUCCUUGCAUUCGGUUGUUCAGUCUCUAGAGUCUGAUAAGGCGAAGCUUGAGCUCAAGGUAAAGAACUUGGAGCUUCAACUCAAAGAAAACAAGAGGCAGCUCAGCAGCUCCUCAGGUAAUACUGAUACUCAGGCAGAAGAGGACGAAAGAGCUCAGGAGAAUCAGCAAAUGAUUGAUUUCCUAAAUUCGGUAAUAGUGGACCUUCAAAGGAAGAAUCAAGACCUCAAGAUGAAGGUGGAGAUGAUGUCUGAAGCAGCCCUUAAUGGGAAUGGUGAUGACCUAAACAAUUACGACAGUGAUGACCAAGGGAAACAGUCCAAGAAGAAACCUCGUCUCUUCUGUGACAUAUGUGACUGUUUUGAUCUCCACGACACAGAGGAUUGCCCUACCCAGGCACAGAUGUCCGAGGAGCCCCCCCAUUCCACACACCACGGCAGUCGGAGUGAGGAACGCCCGUACUGUGAAAUCUGUGAGAUGUUUGGGCACUGGGCCACCAACUGCAAUGACGACGAGACCUUCUGAUGAAGCCGCAGAUCAGGACCUGCCGGGGCUUUGUCAGCCACACGAGCCUUAGGCAGCUGAACACCAGCAUCAUGCGUGCGGACUUCAGAACACACGUUAGUUUUGACUCCCAUCAACAAAUCCAAGAAAAUAUUUUGAUCUUCAACAAAUCGCCCUUUAAUCUCCCCUUAUAAGUUAGGAUAAUAAAUACUUAGUAGGUGAGUGUUCACCUCUAAUAUUGUCUUCUUGAUUUUUGAAAGUUUUAACAAGACAUUGCACCAGAUGCCAUUACAUUUAUGGUCCCUAGGGAAACCUCAUAGUACAAUCCCUACCCUUACAAUACUUUAUUUAAGUAACUUUAAAUUAUGCCGUUACUUUUCAUAUUUGCACUAAAAUAUUUCCAGGCUGCAUUUGUAUAUUUAGAUGUUUUGGUUAAGCUUUGACACUGGAAUGAGUUGAAAAAUGUGCCAUUUUGCAUUUUCAUCUACUCAUUUAAAGUAUUUUAUUCUAAAUCAAAGAAAUCUCUGAGCUCUUUGCACUACCUGACGUCAGUAGUGCCUUUAUUUCAGACUUGAUUACACUUAGGGGUGAUUAUAAAAUGAUGAAACAGGUAAAGGGAGGGGCAAGCCCCCAAACUGCUGUGGGGACAUUUUAUAAUCUAUAUGCUGCACCUACGUACUCGACUGUGGUGUUUUGUUUAUUGGUUUUGCAUAAUUUCAGCUUCUAUAUAUUAUAUGUAUAUAUUUUUUAAAAAUCUAUAUUUUGGGAAAAAGCAUACACAAUAUGUCUUUCUUUUCAGAUUUUUACCUUUAUGAAAAUGAAAACACUUAAAAUAUUCAUCAGGACAUAAUGGGCUAGACCAGAAAUAGCAUCACACAGCUCUGCAACUGUUUUUCUCUUUUUGUUUUCAUUUUGUUUAUCAGAUAUAAAUGGGAGAAUUUUCUCCAAACUUUUUUCCCUUCUCCAGCAGAUAUCCCCAGCAGUCAUUUAAUUAAUAAGACACUAUAAAACACCUAAAUUAACCAUUCUACAAUCUUUACAAGCUUUUUUUACUGUGUUUUUAGAUGAAUGUACGAUGAGAAAUUCAACAUUAAUAAUUUUGGAUUUUCUUAUCACAAAAAAAAACGAAGGACCUCAACCACCAGAAGUUUAUCAACCAGUUUGAAUCUAUUUAUCUUGAUUUGAAUGUCUUUUAGAAUAUGUAAAAAGUAAUAAAUGUAUCUUCCAUGCUACCUGUAUAAUAAGAACUAUAAUUGUAUAUAUGCCUUUGAUGUAUUUUCCCCUCAAGAUUAUCAACUCUGUGUUGGACAAGUGAAAAACAAAUCUGUGAUCAGUUGAAAUUUUUGGUUAUAAACAUAAUAGGAAUUGUUUCACAAACUAUGUAAAGCAGUAUUAAAAUUUGAGCAAAUGAGUGUUCUGUAUCUACUUUAAUAAAUGGUUAUUCUUUUUUGGCAUUAGUAGUAACUGAUAUUAUUCUCAGGUUUAUUUGUCAUAAUGGUUUUCCUUCAAAUGAACAAG